AUGAAUCUUGGUCUUAAAAUGAAUUCUUUCAAAACGCUUGUAUUAGUUGACAUAAUAGCAUUGAUUAUGCUACUUGUAUUUCCUAUACAAUCAAUGCCGACAAAUGAUGAUUUUGCUUCAUUACCAAUCCAACAUAAACGAUGGACAUUCAAUACUUGGCGUUUGCAUGGUCGUCGACAAUUAUCUGAUGAUUUUUAUUCAUCGAAAACAUCAUUAUCACCGUUCCUUGACGAUCAUCAAUAUCAAAUUUUUACGGAUGAAGAAUAUGAGGCACCUAAAACCGAUGCAAAUGUAUCAGAACUUUUACGAGAAUAA